AUGUUCGGUCCCGCCUUCCCCUCGUCCCCCCUCUUCCGCCUCGGCGUACGGUACCCCAUCAUCCAGGCGCCUAUGGCAGGUACUUCCACCCCCGCACUCGCCGCUGCGGUAUCCAAUGCGGGCGGCCUCGGAUCCCUUGGAAUGGGCGCCAGCACGCCCGCAGCCGCACGCAAGGCUAUCGAGGAGACCAAGCGCCUCACCGACAAGCCCUUCAAUGUCAAUCUCUUCGUGCAUGAAAAGGGCGUCGCCAACGCUACCAACGAGGCGGAAUGGCUCUCCUUCCUCCGGCCUGUAUUCGCGGAGUAUGGCGCCCAGCCCCCAGAAGGCGUUCAGGAGAUCUACAAGACGUUCAAGGAGGACGAGGAGAUGCUGGAGGUGUUGCUGGACACCAAGCCCGCGGUGGUCAGCUUCCACUUUGGUCUUCCGGCAGAGGCAAUCAUUCGGCGGCUAAGAGAGAACGGGGCGGUGUUGUUGGGGUCCGCAACGAACCUGGAGGAGGCACGGCGGAUAGAGGCGUCGGGGUUGGACAUGAUCAUUGCGCAGGGCGCAGAGGCGGGGGGUCAUCGUGGGAUGUUUGACCCUACUAUCCCAGACGACGAGCUAUCGACAUUUGCACUCACCACACUCCUCCUCAAAUCGUCGAAACUCCCCAUCAUUCCCGCCGGGGGAAUCAUGGACGGGGCCGGUAUCCUCGGCUAUCUCACCCUCGGUUGCCCCUUCGUCCAAAUGGGAACGGCAUUCAUCCUUACUCCCGAGUCGGGCGCGGAUGCGGGCUUCCGAGCAGCUCUCAAGGGACCGGGGGCGGAACAUACCCGGCUGACACCUCUCAUCUCGGGUCGGCCGGCGCGGUGUCUCCAGAAUAAAUGGACGGACCUGGCGACCAAGCUGGAAGGGAGGGUACAGCCUGCGUACCCCAUGGCAUAUGAUGCAGGCAAGGCGUUGCAUGCUGCCGCGAAAGCGAAAGGGGAGGAGGGGUAUGGAGCGCACUGGGCGGGCCAAGGGGCACCGGCGGCGAGGGAGAUGGGCGCGGGGGAGAUGGUACGUUUGUUAGUGCAGGAGAUUGAGGAAGCCAGGGAUCGGAUCGCAUCAAAUCGGAGUAACUUGUAG